AUGGAUGUUCUGAACGGCGUGCUAGGCGUCUGCAUCGAAGGGGCUCGCAGAGAAGCCGUAAUUGACAUCUCAUUUCCGUCGCGCCGUCUACUCAUGGCGUACAACUUCCGCAGAAGCCUCGCCUUCCCACCGGAUCACCACCUCGGGAAUUCCGUCAACGGGGUGCGGGUGAAUCUCCAGCCAUUGGAUUACUCCCAGGUGCAGGUGCAGCAGCGUCAGGGGCAGGAAUCACGUUCCCAGACUCCCGAUUGGAGCAGGAUGGGUCUGCGUUUCGGCGAGGCCAUCGGCAGCAGCUCUCGCCAUCUGAGCGUGUACGGGCUUGAUUUCGGACCGGAAAUCGGCCAGAUCGAGAAUUUCGAGAUCGUCACUCUCGCGGCGGACGGAACCUGCACCAUCAUGCCGGAAACAAAGCAUAUUCAUCUUGCCACGGGCAAGGCGCUGUGGGAUGUACGCAUCGCGUUGCUCUCGGCUGUGAUGGACUGCUUUGAGAACAAUCCUUUGAUCGGCUGGUUGGAGGAGAAUGAUGAUAUAUAG